AUGGCACCACUCCCCUGGCAGGGCACGUACGCCGUGAUUUCGCUAGAUCCCGCAGCGAGCCUGUGGGACAUCGACGAUGCUAUCGUCAGGGAACAGAUAGCUAAGCUCAAGUGCGGGCGAUAUGUGGCGACUGCAUCGAAGGAGCACCACGCUUUGUCUGGGCCCACGCCCUUCCGCUUGAUCACCUGGGACCUUCUGGUACAAGGUAUUCCUCCGACGGAGCAAGACAGACACUUCGAGUUCUAUCAAACCUAUCAAACCGUCCCCGUCUUCCCCACUACCGAACACCCUGAGCGCAGACGCCCUGUCGAGCCUCUUCCUCACCUUCCCUGGGAGAAUUGCUAUCACGCGCGGAUGUACCGGAAGGUGGCGAUCUGCGCGAAUCGCGGGUUCGAAGAAACACCGCCGUCAUGCCUUUCUCCAGACGAAGCUGCCGUCCUCGACCAGUAUCAGUCGGCCGACAUCGAUUACACGAAGCUAUCGCGGCAAGCGAAAGAGGAGCGACGCGCACCGCCGCCACACAAUGUUCCUGCUCAGGUCCUAAGCGCGAUUCAUCUUGCUGACAAGCGCAAGCGCACCGACGGCAAAUCGUGGUGGGAAAUCUGCCGCGAGCGCGCUCAGACGCGCAUGCAAGAGGAAGCUAGCACUGCUAUCGCCUCGGGAUCUGUUCAUCCUGAAGCGCAGACGAAGUCAAAAGGCGACGCCUUCCCCUCUUCUCCGCAGAAGAAUAAUACUACUGCUGGCGAGAACUCGUCGAAGCCUGCCGCGGCGGCCCUGACGACUAUCUUCCCCACGAAUGUUGCUGAGGCUACACAGGAGCGUGAUAAAAGCGUUUCCACUAUUUCCGGCGCCUCGAGUUCGACUUUGUCCACCGAUAGACCGGAAGACGUGCUGGCUGCACUUCUGGAACUUCACGGGUUCGAUGAUCAUCACCCCUGGAUCAAGGUCGAAUCCUACGAUAUCAAGCAAUUUGAUGUGCCCCCCGAUCCAACUCGAUUCUUUGCAGAGCUCUUUAAGCUGGAAAUGCCCGUGGCUGAUCUCUGCCACCGCCUUCGCUUUUGUCUACUGCCCCGCUUCCUCCGAUCUGCGUCUUGUCGCUUUUCCAUGUGCCAAUGUACGUCUUUGUAGGAUCAGAUAUGGGUAUAAU